AUGGCUGAUGUUUCUAGCCUGUCAAAACCAUCCCAAGUUCGAUGUUCCUGCUGCGACGUGGGCAUUCGCAAGAAGUGGCUGGUGAUUGCUGGGUGCUUGCAAGAAAUGGCUACCCUGAGACAACGCCGAAAACGCCGAAAGCUGAAGGCCUUGCCAGUGCUGCUCGGCAGGGACAACUCUGGCCGGGCCGACGUCGAGGUCGAGCUCAUGGCCCAGGACCUCGACACUGUGCUAAGCGUUGUGCCCAAGGUGGAAGACACCAUGCUGAAAACCACCAGCAACCUUCAGGAGCACAUCUCAGGUACUGCCAUGGACGCCGCGCGCUUGUCAACAGAGCGCGACGCAUUUGCUGGAAAAGUGCAGCAGCUUGAGAAGCAACUCGCGGAUGCUUCCAGCGCCGUGUGCCAGCGCGACGCAUUGGCCCAGCAAGUGCAGCAGCUUGAGAAACAACUGGCAGCCACACGCUUGUCAACAGAGCGCGACGUGUUGGCUCAGCAAGUGCAGCAGCUUGAGAAGCAACUGCAAGAGCAGGCCGCGCGCUUGUCAACAGAGCGCGACGCAUUGGCUCGGCAAGUGCAGCAUCUUGAGACGCACCUGGCGGAUGCUUCCAGCGCCUGCAGCCGAGAUAUGGAAGACCAGGCCACGGAUCCGCAACAUCAACGUGCAGCAGAUGCUGCUACAAUCCAGCGCCAGCGCCGCCGCAGCCGAGGUCGCCGCUGCGUGCAGCAGGCGUGGGUCGUGUGGGACCCGCUUGGAGUGAAAGGCUCGCAGGGCAAGCCUGGGCCGUUCCACCACGUGCGCCACGCGGUCGCGGCCGGGCGUGCGGUGGCUCUCUGCACGCCUCUCCAAAAAGGGCAGCGGUGUGUGCGCCACAUCUGCGAGGCCAAUGGCAUCCCGUUGCGGGAAAUGCUUGUGCAGGCGCAAGCGCAGGCGCAAGCGCAGGCGCAAGCGCAGGCACGCAGGGCCACCCUGCUCGAGGCGCUGGCCCGGGUCAAGGCGCUCCAAGCGAAGGCCUCUGGGAACGCCUCCGAUGCCGCGGCGACGGCCACCGCGGAAGCAGCCGCGACAGACUCCCAUGGCCGAGGCCGUCCCCGUUUGCGACCAGCAGGCCCCUGA